GUCUAGCUUGGCCGCUAGGUGGACACAGAUACUCUCUGUAUGUGUCCUGGUGAUGUGAGAGGCUCUGGGUGUCGUAGAAUGUUAGCGUCACUCACCGGAAGAAGCUGAUGAAUAGGAAAGUUGUCUGUGCACCGGGAAGCGAUCCUGAGAUGUGACCUCGUGACUCGGAGCCCUGUAUUUCUGGUGCGGGCGGCGACCUAUGUACCCCCAAGCGGCUCCUGCUCUUUUUUUAUUCGCUGUGGAAGCCCAGUUAGUGUACCGCAUCCCCUCUCAUGAUUCGCUUCGCCCGCCAUGCUUCGGGCAAGGUUACUAUUCCCAAUAGUAGUCCACGUGGAUGGUGUUACCUCCAGGGAUCUAAACGCUAGCAGCCUGGUGUAGAUGUCACAGUGCAGAGACCUCUUCUGUUAGGGGCUGCUGUAAUGCUUGCUGAGUUGCAAUGGAUGAUGUGAGGUGUAAUUAAUUGCCACAAUCAUUGCACACAGCUGUGAUGUAACUGCAGGGUUCCCUUCCUGCACCAGCACUACAUUCUAAAGAGGUACCAAGCCAGAACUGCUACGGAGAUUCACAGCACCACUUUCUAAAGGGAGAAAAGUACAGACAGAAAAGCCAAAUUGCUGGGAGUUGUACGAAUUACCCACCAUGGCUCUCCAACCAGAGACAAAGAAAGCCCGGUGUCUCAGUCUUGCAGGAAUCGCCCAAAUCUCCAACGAUAUAUCGAGGAAGUUCUUGGAUCGCAACGAUUUGUCAAGGCUCUUAAAGAUUGCCUCCAACCUUCUCAAAGAUCACACGCGGGUCUUGAUGGAGCUGGACAGUUUCUUUGUUUAUGACCCGAGUGCCAAAAUAAAACUGGUGUUUGUGGAAGACAGUGUACUGGUGAAGAAUAUCUUUGUUAUGUCCUCCUCUAUGCAGCAGCUGGCGCAGAUAUCCCCCGAGAAUCUUUAUGUGGAUCGCCAAAGCAAUGUUGGCCCCGGGCUGAACCUGUACAGCGUUUCCUGUGAAGAUGAAUCUGGGUGGAAGGUAUGUGCUAGUUGCCUAUCGAAAACAAAUAACCAAGAUACCCUAAGGUUUCUUAUCGUAUCCGUUCUACAGAGUAUACCAAAAAUGAAAGCGCAGAUUAAAUCCAUUAUAAUACAUCCAGAGAUUGACGAUUCUCUGGACCUGACUAUGCUGUUACCGAACACGUCAGUGAGGUAUUGUAUGUUGCUAAUUCUGAAAGUUUUGGAACAGAAAACUGCACAUCUCCAAUCUGCUGCUCAGAUUAAGACUAUUCUGCAAAGCCUGUUCCAUGCACGCUGCCUAAAAGUGUACAAUCGUCACCUCAAUGACCUGAAGGCAGCAUGCCCUGCAGACUUUUUCCAGUACUACUUUGACACGUGGCACCCAAGCAGAAAAGUGUGGUGCACCAAGGACAGCAAAAGGCUAAGAACAGACAAAUCAAUCUAUGCCUAUGUGGCAUCUCUGCAUUACACGCUUUCCUCAAAAAUGGGCAUCUUACCCUCUCUGUAUCAGUGCCUGCGUGUGAUUCUGCGUGAAACCUAUGAAUUAAAGAGUGUGCCGGAUUCUUUAAUUGAUGAGGAUACUCCGCCUGUGCCUGACUCUUCUACAAGUGCUCCUGUCCAGCAGGCAUCUGACGAUAAGAAAAAUGAGUUGGAAAAAAUGGAGUUUUACAGCUGGGAUGAGUUUUGGUCCUUCCUGAACUUUUGGUGCGAAGAGCAAAAUAUAAUUUUUGUCAUUCGCAAUUCUGUGCCCCUCGGCAAUGAAGACAUGAGCCCCAGCCGGAUGCAGUCUUUGAAGUACAGUAUGGUGAACCUUGGGUGCAGCAGUUACACCAGGAGGCGUUGUCCAGCUACAAUUCAGCUGCGACUGGGCCCAGAAAUGGACAAACUCAUAAUCACAAAGGCCGACCUCAAUCACAGCCACGAUUCAGAGAUUGACCUUCCUUCUCGUUUUACAAGAAACCCAGAACCCUUUGUGGAUGUCCCAGCUAAGGUGUCUCCUGAUGUGUCUGACAAAUUCAUUGAUAGAACAGAUUUGACAAAGCUCCUGCGUUUACACUUCCCAUUUGGCAGGGAGUCACAGUUUCUGGAUGAAUUGGAAUCUCUUUUUAAUACUGAUCCUGGUGUAAAAUUGAAACUCCUUUACAUAGACGAUAAGUUUACAGUGAAAAAUAUAUUUUUGAUGACGUCUGCCAUGCAGACCUUACUUCACCAUUUUCCAGAACACAUAUUUGUUGCUUUCCAUCAAGGCCUUAAUCAAGAAUUUGAUCUGUACUCUGUGCUUUGCCAGGAUGAGACUUUUAGUUGGAAAGUGUGCGCCCAGUGCUUUGCAAGAAAACUGUCCACAGAGACCCUAAGGUUCCUUAUGCUUUCUGUUUUGCAAGUGCAACCUGAUUUGGAUAAGCAAAUAAAGCAUUUGACCCUGAGCCCAGACACCAAGAAUCCUUUGGAUAUACAGGUGCUGCUUCCCAAUGCCACGAUUAAGCUGUGCUUACCCCUUGUGUUGGAUGUUAUGCAUUGUAAAAUUUCAUUCUUGAGUCAGAUGGAACAGUCCCAAAUCAAAGAGUUACUGGUCCGUCUUGCUCAGGCGUCAUCUAUGGACCUAUAUACGCAGUACCUUAAUGAAUUAAAGGCUGCUUGUCCAGCUGAAAUUUUCCAAUACUAUUUUGGCACCUUGCAUCCAUAUUGGAAUUUAUGGUCUGGGAAGGAUAGUAGAACAAACGAUGUGGAGAACUCUAUUUAUAAUUAUGUCAAACUGAAGCAUCAAGAAUUAAGAGCACACCUGGGGUCAUUGUCCUCUUUGAGCCAAUGUCUGCAUGCCGUACUGGUGGAAGAGCAAGGCCAUGGUCAAGAGCCAUCGGAAUCCAGUAAUACUUGCGUGACAGACCAAAGUGCUUCUAGCUAUGACUUAGACACUUCACUUGAGAAGAUUGACGAGAGCCAAGACAGUGCUGGGGAAGAGAUUGUCGCUACUGGUGAAUUGAAUAAGUCGCUUUCCGCAGAGCUGAUUUUGGAAGGAGGAAGACCUGUGGCAAAGGAUUGUGACGAUACAUUAAAAAUGCAGCUAAUUGGGAAAGAAUUUCAGAGUUGGGACGACUUUUGCAUCUACUUGCAAGGAUGGACUCAAGAGAAAUACUUACUUAAUUUGUCUUCGUCGCUCAGUGAAGAGGAAGUGGAUGAAGUCCUUGCUACAUCAAACAUGGCCGAGGUCUUGAAGUACAGCUGGGCGCAGCUUUCUUGCAGCUGGAAGAACUGUUCAGCAUUUAUUGAGCUGACAUUGGGUCCCCAGAAAGACAAGCUUAUCGUCACCCAAAGCAAUUUGCAUCAUACCCACAUGGCAGAAGAGACCAAUGACGCCCCUCCGGAGAAGAAGUACAAGCCAUCACCUGCAGUGGGAUUACCAGUACAAGUUGCAAACAACAUCUCUAAGAAGUUUCUGGAGCCAAGUGACUUAAAGAGACUCCUUCGUUUUCGCUCUGGCGCGUUUGAAGACCGCACUCAAGUCCUUGGAGAGCUGCAAUCUCUCUUCUUUUCCGACCCCGCAGCAAAGGUCAAACUGGUAUUUGUCGAAGGCAAGCUACAUGUGAAGCACAUUUUUCUAAUGACCUCGGCCAUGAGAGACGUCCUCCAAAAUUUUCCCGAGUAUCUCUUUAUUGAUGUUUUGUUAGAGUUUAGUCAAAGUUUUGCUUUGUACACCACCUACUGCAAGGCAAAGGGAGAAGUAGAGUGGACGCCUUGCGCUUAUUGCAUUGCCAGGAAAGGUGUGGAUGACGCCUUUGAUUUUUUUACGGGCUUGCUUGCUGAGAUUGUCCCCACACUAAGCGGCAAGGUCAAACUUGUGACAGUCAAUCCUGAUAUCCAGCAGCCGAUUAACCUGAGUUCCCAUUUUCCACAUGCUAACCUGAGGUACUGUAUGCAUUUGGUUCUAAACUUGUUCUACUGCCGAAUCUCCCUCCUGGAUACUACGGUUGAAGCCCAGAUUAAAACCUUUCUCCAUAUCCUUUCCCAGACCUGCUCACUGAAGGUCUAUGAGCGAUAUUUGAAUGACCUAAAAGCUAUCUGUCCUGAAGACAUAUUUCAAUAUUAUUACGACACGUGGCAUCCACGCAGAAAAAUGUGGGUUAAAAAGGAUAAUAGGACUGAGGAGUCUGAAAGAAAUCUAUUUCAAAUGGUAUCUUUGAAUCACGCAAACCUCAAGGCGAAAGUCGGCUAUAUGUCGUCGUUGCAUCAAUGCCUCAGUGCGAUACUUGACGGCAAUGGGAAAUCCUCUGCCGCUGCUGAUGUCCAGCUACAGAAUGCCGACAUCGCAGCAGAGUGUGACUAUGAGAAAUCUAUUUUACCGACAUCAGACCAACAGGUCUGUGAGCUUCCUGAGCUGAAGACAGAGAAUGAAGACCCUAUAUAUGAAAUUACUUCCUCAGAAAAUACUACGUAUGAGAAGCAGGUGGAGCAGAUGUGGUAACUUGUGACUCCUGUCCCCAGCUCGCCUGGCUGCAUUUUCCUGGCCGCCUGAAGCAUACUGAGUGCAGUUUUCAUCUCUACGUUGGACAUGUCCAUUCACCAGAUACAACGUUUUGGAUUUACUAUUAACUUUAUAUAAAUCAUUCUUUAGUCAAUAUUUUGGAAAUGCAUGUAAAUAUAGACAGUUUUCCACA